GGUUAAAAGGGCUUUCCGUACAUCAGUUAGUGAUUGCGGAUGAGGUCGAAAAAAGCCAUAAUGUGUUGUUGUGGUCAGUCCACCAUCCUGAGUGUAAAUCGAUCGCCCCUUCAUUCUGAAAAUUAACCCCGCUCUGAUAUAUGGCGACUUCAUUUUGCAGAGCUGUACAAAUCAAGAGAAUUGCAAAUUUGGCCUGAUCGGUAGUAGGUAGUAGGUUAACUAAUUAGCCACAGCUGUUGUGUUAACGAGAGAAAACUACGCAAAGUCUUCAUUUUAUGAAUUCCCUUGAAGAGCUACCACCCUCUGGAAAUCCGAAAGAAUUUGUACGGUGACAAGUUUGACGACAUUUCGGGAGUAAUUUCCGUGAAUUCCCCGGUUAAUCAGUUGUCUCCGGUUACUCAAUAAUUGUGUACAAAAUAACCAAGACUUGGGAACAUCCUGUACCUUAAUACAUGUUAUAUGUUAGAUAAGCUUGUAAGCAGGAAUAGCUCGGUAAUUAGCUAAAUUAUCUCUAUUCUUUCCCGCCUGAAUGAGAGGUUCAAGUUUAUACGAGAUAAGGAAUCUUAUGACGAGGUCUUAAAUGCGUCAGCGAUCAUUUUAUGCUUUCAUAACGGUUUAAAACAAGAAUCAAAUAAAAGAUUAGCCAUUGCUAUCGUUUGCGUAAAUGAGAAUUGUGUACCCUUUGUUCGAUGGCAAUAAAGAGCGCAUCUCGUGCCAAAAGCAAGCGCGUUUUGAGUGACAUGUCUCUCGACCACCCGGGGUGUUUGUUUGGUUCGAGCUCUCAAAAGUAAUAUAGGGGCGCUUGUGUCGUACUAAUUUGACAAAUAGCCCCAUUUCGUUAGUUAUCUGUUCAUCAAAUCGACACGUUUCUAAAGAACAGGCGAGGAAGGUGUCAACCGAACGAUUACUGGUUCCCAAAGUCCAUGCUUGAUAACAGCAUUGGCAAAUAUUGUAAUCGUUUUGGCAGAAUUGCCUCACGUCAGUAAGUACGUAAAGCUUUCAUCGCCAGUGCAGGGGUCACAAAUUUUUUAUACAUCGUUUCGGAAAUCAAUAAGAGCAAGGAUGGGGGGUUUACUAAGGGCAAACGGCUAAUUCAAGAUCCACGUGAGAACUAUGCUGUGUUGAUCCUUCAUAACUUUCAGCACAAAGUAGGAAGCGAGGCCAUUGACUGCCGGAAUCUUGCGCCAGAUAAGUUUGUACAGAAUUUGCGAUUGGCAAAUAAAUCUCGCUGUGGAAUCCACUCAUGGUAAAACCAUUUUAGAACGCCGUGAGCUGAGAUGCAGGCUGAGAACGGACACAUUGCUUCCUAACACCGCCAGACCAUAAAAGACCUAUGAUUGAUUAGGUGACGGGAAGGGAAUCGUGUAGCAAAUUGGCUGUGCGCGUUUGGGAGCGCGUCGCAAUCCUGACAGGAUUUUAAACAGACGACACGAGCACCUAAAGUAGAGAUUAUACAACGCAGUCUGAGCCAAAUCUCCUCUGAUUGAGAGUGUUUAUCGUAUUAUCAUCAACAACUUAGUACUAGACGUCGGCCAAGAAUUCCUACGACGGGUAUUUCCGUUUCUUGAAAGUUUAGUGGAAGUCAAGAACUGCUUUUUUUUCUCUCGUGCCAAAGCCCUGAAUAAGUUAACAAUGGAGCCGCAGUGUUUUAUAUCUGUGUUUAAUUUUAUUGUGUUAUUUAUAUUGGUUCCGAACCUUUAUCGCCAAAGUUUCUCGACAGUGACAGCUUCGUCCGCUCGCACUGACUGUUAUGAUGAUUACGGACGGCCACAGAGAUGUUUGCCAGAAUUUCACAAUUUGGCGUAUGGGAAACGGAUCUACGCAAGCCACUCAUGCGGUAAACCUCCGCGAAAAUUCUGCAAGUGGCAGCUCAGAGGACACACUUGUCAUGUAUGCGACUCGAGGGUUCCAAGCAAAACUUAUCCCGUCAAAUACCUGACUGAUCUACACAACCAAAACAACGUGACAUGCUGGCAAGCGGAUCCCAAGCAAUCCCGAGAGAACGUUACUCUAAUCCUCUCGCUUGGAAAAACCUAUGAUAUUACGUACAUCAGCUUGCAGUUUUGCGGGCCGAGGCCCGAGUCUAUGGCCAUAUACAAAUCCCUGGACUUUGGCAAGAGUUGGAGGCCGUAUCAGUUCUAUUCAGGCUCAUGCAGCAGGGUCUACGGAAGACCAAAGAAAGCAUUCGCUAGCAGAGAAAAUGAACAGGAAGCGCUUUGCACCGAUGCGCAUCUCAUAAAGCCUCUUCAAGGAGGCAGAAUUGCGUUCAGCACCCUAGAGGGUAGACCCUCGGCGAGUGAUUUCGAAUCCAGCUUUGUUCUUCAAGAGUGGGUCAGUGCGACUGACAUCAAAAUCGUCUUCAACCGCAUCAGCGCGGUCAGCAAGAAGCAAGAGUAUAAAUACUACGCCGUGUCGGACUUGGCUGUCGGUGGACGUUGCCGUUGCAAUGGACAUGCAGGCAGGUGCCCGAUCAGCCGUGACGGGAACCCAGUAUGUGAGUGUAAGCACCACACUGCUGGUAACAACUGUGAGCAAUGCAAGGCAUUUUUUAAUGAUCGACCGUGGAGGCCUGCUACCGAGACCUCGGCAAAUGAAUGCGUAGCUUGUAACUGUAACUUGCAUGCAAAAGCAUGCGUGUUCAAUAUGGAGCUGUUUAAACUGUCUGGAGGCGACAGUGGAGGGGUCUGUAUUCACUGCAGACACAACACGGCGGGAAGAUUCUGCCAUUACUGCAAAGAAGGCUUUUAUAAAGAUCCAACAAAGGACAUUACUAACAGAAGGGUCUGCAAACCAUGUAACUGCCACCCGCACGGAUCUAUGGGAAAGGUUUGCGACCAGAACACGGGACAGUGUCCUUGCAAGGAAGGCGUGACACGGAGACAGUGUGACAACUGUGCUGUGGGAUACGAGAACACAAAAAGUCCCAUUGCUCCUUGCAUCAGUGAGUAUUUACUUCUGAAACCACUCUACAACGUAGGUCAUUUGCCAUUAGACUCAGGAAAAUCAAUUUAUUGCUGCCGGCGUUCGCUCGCGGAGGGGGGAGGGUACUUCUGUAAAUUUCGGAAACACAACUGCCAAUAUUUACGGUUCUCAUUAUUUCUUGCAGCAUGUAACUGCCACCCGCACGGAUCUAUGGGAAAGGUUUGCGACCAGAACACGGGACAGUGUCCUUGCAAGGAAGGCGUGACACGGAGACAGUGUGACAACUGUGCUGUGGGAUACGAGAACACAAAAAGUCCCAUUGCUCCUUGCAUCAAAGCACCAAACACAGUUAUGUCAAUACAGCCCAAGGAUUCUACCUGUUCCCAGUGCAAGAAAGUUGGUCUUUCUAGGAAGAAGUUUUGCCGGAAAGAUUUUGCCAUGAAAGUGGCAGUUCUUGGCUUGGAUAGGACAUCUCAAGGGGACUGGAUCCGAGUCACCGUCAACGUCAUGACACGCUACAAGCGCUCAUUAGUUCGUCUGAGACUAGGGAAUGAAUUCUUGUGGAUACCACGACGAGACUAUAAGUGCAAAUGCCCAAGGUUGCGACCUGGCCGAGACUACCUGAUCGCGGGCUCAAUCAGAUCCACUCGCAGGAAAAAGUCAAUUGUAGUGGAUCACCGUAGUAUGGUAGUCUCGUGGAAUAAGAACAUGGACAGAAAAGUCGAAAUGAUAAAGAAGAAGUGUCAACAUGAAAAGGAAGCUGAGCACCGCUACAAUUAAACAAAAACCACGAAACCUUAUCUUAAAUUACAGCGAAGUAAACCAUUUAGUUGUCGAGUUUCACUUCGCAUCAAAGCAGGUGCGAAUAUUAUAGUUCCAAGCAAAACGAAAUAGUGAAAAGGUAUGACAACAAAUCCUAAAUGCUUACUUGAUGAGCAGAAAGGAAUUACCCCUAUUCUGUUCCAGGCUCUCUCGGUCAGUGAGGACGACACGAAAAAAAAACGGUAGGUUACUGAGAAUAAAGAGAGGGGUUUGGGAGAGAAAGAGGCAAGGCACUGCUCUUUUAUCCUCUGCCCGCCUCGCGUCGUCCCCAAUGACAGAGAGCCUGAAACAGCCUAAACUACCUACACAUAUUUUUCAAAACAGCUAUUAUAUUAAAAAGUAUUUUUAUAAAACUACAAUUAAUUUUAUCAUUUAGCACAUUAAAAGCACUUUUACAUUUGCGGAGAUUUUAGUUUUUUCUUACGGCCCUGGUGUACUUACCGUUUACAGCGAUGUUUAUGUUGCCCUCGGAAGCACGGAUGACGUUAGUGGUCUAAGGUCGUCUAAGUUGACUUUGUCCUCGCUUGUGAAAGGAUAUGAGGCUUAGCUCAAAGUUCUUAUUGAUAUAGAUAACUGUGCUUCCACUAAGGACUCCUAAAACCGCGCCAGGGAUCCACAAUAACAGGCCGGUACAUGGUUAAAUUCUAUGCUUUUGUUUACCCAAUUACUUCCGCGUUUAUGUUGUCAGCUAACCAUUUUAUUGUUACUAAGUGAAGGCCGUCAUUUCGUUCAUGAAGACAAUCGUCAUUUCAGUUGCCUGAAAAAGGAAAAACUGAAACAGUAUUAACCAGGGUAUAUACAGUACCACUCAAAUGUAAGCUUUGCUGCCGAGAGCCAAAGAAGUGACGCAACACUUGUAGCCGUCUUAUUAUAGCACUAUACGUAGCAUAUCGUUUCAUAUCUACAGAAUUUCGUCCACGACAAACUGAUUCGACUGUGCUACAUGAGCACAAGGUUACUUAAAAUACCAUCCGUGAGUCAACCAGUCAUAUUAAGUCAGGAUUUAGUUUGCGUGCUGUUUUACAUGGCACGUUGGAAACGUUUUCUGUGCCGACACAUGAAUGUAUGGGUAAACGUUAUUCUGAAUAAAAGCACGCUAGAGUAGUUUUCACUUGAGUGUCGAAAAGUAAUUGGUUUUGCAUUACUACGCUACACGAUUGGCUUACAAAACUGCGCCACUUUUUCGUCCAAUCAGAAGGAAGAGCAAAACCAAUUGUGACUCGCUCGCACACGUUUUACCGCACUUCGCGUCAGGUACGUGUAUUUAGUCCGACUUUUGAUUGGUUCAUUAGAUUGUCUGUGACCUUUGUGAUUGACUAGAGUGAUUACUAUGGUUUUGGUUUUCCAACUCGAAAUUGAAAACCGCUCUAAGAGAACUUGUAUGUAGGCAAAUAGGUACUGCUUUUGAGAUUUUAAUUCUUAUAUUUCAUCACCGACUAGCGACGCGGUAAGGUGUCUUUGAUUUUCCUGCUUUGUGUAAUUUUUAUCCAACUUUUACGAAAUAUUGGUGCAAAGCAGUUCAAAUGUACCUGAAUGCUGUGGUAUUGUCAAUAUGGAAGAAUACGCACUUGUGUUGAGGCGGCGCGACCCGAAAAAUCCGCAAAUUUCGACUCCUGAAUCGGCCUUAAAUCUCUCCUCGGAUGGCAGAAGUCAUUUUGGCGUGUGGCAAAACGAAAAGCGAGUAAUUUAACAAAACAACCGGGUUUUAUUAUAUACUCACCAAGUCCUUUCGUUCCACAAAAUAAAAAGGUAAACUUCUUCUGACCCGAAGUUCGACCGGACCGCACUUAGACCUCUUAGGCGGACUGCCACUUAAGCAUUUGGCCAACACACAGUCUUACAACUCAGUUUCAUGUCUGUCUAAUGUCAGAUUCUGCAAAUAAAACCAAUUAAAUACCUCAUUUUCAAGUGGUUUUUUUUUUUCAUAGGCCAAUCAGUACAUGCCAGUUUUCAAAUUAUUUCCAUCAAUCAAUCCAUUGUAUUAAGUUUAACUGGUUAUUGCCACUAAACAGUGGACGAAAAUUGAGCGAAUAUGUGGCAAAAACAAAAAAGGGGCACACAAGACAGUAGCUGAGUACAUGUGUCGGUGAUGUUCUUACCACAUCUCGACGUCUUCUGAGAUCCAUUACUGAACAGACG